GGAAUACCCCUCCCCUCCCCCACCCCCCGGCAUAUUUCACUGGAUUCGUGCCGGUACACUAUGUAUCCGCAUACAGGACGUACCUACCGUACAAACGCUGACCGUUAAGAAAGGAUGAGUCCGCAUUCGAGCUUGGGUUGCCUGUGGCAUAUGGCAAAGAUUCAUGGGUAACAUCUUGAACAGGGACUGUACUGUUCUUCAAUUUAGUGGCCAAUUUCUCUUGCUAAAAUGGACUUAAAACGUAAAAUCAAACGAUCUUUCCUCGCUGCUAACGAUGCCCUCGGCUCAAGGACUGUCACGGACAGCAGCGAGACUGGAAGUCUUUUGAUGCGAGUCCAGCACGCUCAAUCAGUACUUGCAGCUUUAGAAAACCUACGAAGACGUGAAGAGCUCUGUGAUGUAGUCUUGAAGGUUGCAGAAAGAGAGAUCAAGGCUCACCGUGUUGUUUUAGCUGCCGUAAGUCCAUAUUUCAAUGCCAUGUUCACGAGUGACCUCGCAGAGAGCAAACAGGAAGUCGUCAAUUUAAAUUAUUUGGAUCCUUUGGCCUUUCAAAUGGUUGUGGAGUUUGCUUAUGUUGCGAGGGUCAACAUUACGGUUGACAAUGUACAAUCACUGUUGACAGUCGCCAGUUUGCUGCAAGUUGAGACUCUGGUGGAAAAAUGUUGUUACUUUUUAGAACACGAGCUGCAUCCUUCUAAUUGUCUUGGAAUAAGGCGUUUUGCAUACAAUCACGGUUGCCUCGAGCUCAGUACAAUAGCUUACGAUUAUGCAAUACGGAAUUUUAAUCAGGUCACACAAUUGGAAGAGUUCUAUCAGUGUCCUUUGGAAGAAGUUCUUGAACUGUUAAAUGAAGAUGCGUUACACGUACGUCAUGAAGAAGAGGUUUAUGAAGCUGCUUUGCGGUGGAUGAAGUACAGCUUGGAAGACAGGAUGAAAACAGUUCCCAUGCUAGCGGAACAAAUUCGAUUUCCCCUGAUGGCCUGGGAAUUUCUGGUGACAAAAGUCUUGGAUGAUGGGUUCAUUACAAGUAAUGCUGGGAGCUGUCAUCUCUUUGAAGAGGCCAGGAUGUACCACGUGUCUCCUCAGCUGCGUAGUAAUAUGAGUCAGCGCAAUCGACUGAGGCCACGGAAGCUGUAUGGCCAAGCAGAGUGGAUAUAUGUGCUGGGUGGAGAGACAAAUCCUGGUCGAUGUACAGUUAAUACUGUGGAAAAAUACAACCCUGCAUCAGACACGUGGUGUGAAGUAUCACCCAUGAUGACGCCAUGUCGAGGUCUGGGUGCAGCUAUAUUAGAAGGCAUCCUUUAUGUCGUGGGUGGAUCAGAUGGUAUUGCUGCUUUAAAUCGAGUAGAGCAGUAUGAUCCUAGUUCAGACACAUGGACUGCUACCACAAGCAUGAUUGAACACAGGAGUAGUGUAGGCAUAGGUGUCCUCAAUGGCUUGCUGUAUGCUGUGGGUGGGUAUAAUGGACAGACAACUGUCAACACAGUCGAAAGGUAUAAUCCACGCACCGAAGAGUGGACCAUGAUCUGUGAAAUGACCACAGCACGAAGCAUGCUUGGGGUGGCAUCACUGAAUGGUCACCUUUAUGCAGUUGGUGGUUAUGAUGGUGUAUCAGACCUCUCUUCUGUGGAGCGUUACAACAAUCAGACAGAUCAGUGGCAGUUGGUGUCGGCUAUGAAGACUCCACGCUCAAUGGUCGGUGUGACAGUACUGAACAGUUAUUUGUUUGCUGUUGGUGGAUGUAAUGGUCAGAGUUUAGAAAGUGUUGAGGUGUACAAUCCUGAAACUAAUGUAUGGACAAUAGAUGCACCAAUGAAAGUGCCUCGUAGUGGAGUUGGCAUGGCAGUUAUUGAUGGCCUUUUGUAUGCCAUUGGUGGCUGUAAUGGAAUGGACUAUCUGAACAGUGUGGAGGUUUUUCAUCCACAGAAAAAAAGAUGGACAUCAUCUACAAGUAUGAAAACAAAUCGACGGCGAUUCGGUUGUUGUUGUCGAUGUACAGUUAAUACUGUGGAAAAAUACAACCCUGCAUCAGACACGUGGUGUGAAGUAUCACCCAUGAUGACGCCAUGUCGAGGUCUGGGUGCAGCUAUAUUAGAAGGCAUCCUUUAUGUCGUGGGUGGAUCAGAUGGUAUUGCUGCUUUAAAUCGAGUAGAGCAGUAUGAUCCUAGUUCAGACACAUGGACUGCUACCACAAGCAUGAUUGAACACAGGAGUAGUGUAGGCAUAGGUGUCCUCAAUGGCUUGCUGUAUGCUGUGGGUGGGUAUAAUGGACAGACAACUGUCAACACAGUCGAAAGGUAUAAUCCACGCACCGAAGAGUGGACCAUGAUCUGUGAAAUGACCACAGCACGAAGCAUGCUUGGGGUGGCAUCACUGAAUGGUCACCUUUAUGCAGUUGGUGGUUAUGAUGGUGUAUCAGACCUCUCUUCUGUGGAGCGUUACAACAAUCAGACAGAUCAGUGGCAGUUGGUGUCGGCUAUGAAGACUCCACGCUCAAUGGUCGGUGUGACAGUACUGAACAGUUAUUUGUUUGCUGUUGGUGGAUGUAAUGGUCAGAGUUUAGAAAGUGUUGAGGUGUACAAUCCUGAAACUAAUGUAUGGACAAUAGAUGCACCAAUGAAAGUGCCUCGUAGUGGAGUUGGCAUGGCAGUUAUUGAUGGCCUUUUGUAUGCCAUUGGUGGCUGUAAUGGAAUGGACUAUCUGAACAGUGUGGAGGUUUUUCAUCCACAGAAAAAAAGAUGGACAUCAUCUACAAGUAUGAAAACAAAUCGACGGCGAUUCGGUUGUUGUUACUGAUUCAGAUUACAUGAUUUCAUUUUGAUUAAAUUAUACUACUCCCUCCUGGAUGGGAUGCUAGUCCAUCACAAGG